AUGUGGCGCCUGACUGGAGGAUAUAAUGUCCGUCUUGAAUCCUCCUGUCUUUACAGAGCUAUUGGUGCUACUUUGGGAUCAUGGUCUGAAAAUGGCUUAAUUUAUCAAUGCAAAAACAUUUUUUCCUGUUUUUUCAUUGUUGAACUCUUGAUCUUAUGCUUGUUACAGCGCUCGCAUGUUCUGAAAUCCGGCGAGUGGGACGAUGAUGAUCUACCGUUUAAGACAUACUUUGAAAAUGCUGGAAAAGAGAAGGCUGGCAAAAUGAUGAACCCCAACGACCCUAAGGAGAAUCCAGAGGCGUUCAUGUGCAUAAGGGGAGUCCAGGAAGGUAACAAUGAUUGCCAGCACGAUCACGUUCCGUUCACUUCCGGUUCGAGUAAGUCCGAAUCGGCAUACAAACACCGUCCGAGUAGUUCUAGCAGGAAUGGUUCUAUCGACCAUCAAAUGAGUGCAAGAAGGCAAAGGAACACAAGACCAGGAUCCGGCAGUGAAAUCAGCACCGGAUCAGAUCGUACGGUUAAGCAUUUGAAUCAUCAUCGACGUACGAGCUCGUGUCCAAAGAACGGUCGUUGCGGCGGAGGUAGCUUCUCUGGAUCUAUCUCAGGACAAUCACAGUUAGAUGGGAACUAUGAAUACAAACAUCAUAGAACAACAUCGGUACCGAAAUUCGGGGAAUGGGACGAAACAGAUCCCACAUCGGGUGAAGGGUUUACAGUGAUAUUUAACAAAGUGAAAGAGGAGAAGCAUGCACCCCCAGCUUCCAAUUUUGCGACCGUGGCUCCUGAAGUAAAAACCAUGAAUUACUCCGAUGGUCAUCGCAGUAAAUGUCCAACUCCUCCAUGCGGAUCAAAGCCUAAGAGAUGUUGCUGUUUAUUUUGA